AUGGCACAGAAAGCAGCGAAGCAGCUCGCCGCGCGCAACACCACCAAGCUCAACCAAACACAUCUAAUCUCCCUGGGAAACAACGUCUUCUUCCUCCUGAUGCGCCUACUUGUCUACCGCUCCACCUAUACACGUAAUACACUCCUCCUCUGGAUUCUCCUCUCACUUCCCGCUUGGGUCGUCGAAUUCUGGCUUGAGCAGAUAGGGCGCCCCACAUACGCCGAGAAUGGGGAGCUGAAGAAAUCCGGAGAAGAUCUCGAGGCGAAAGGAUUGACAGAUUUCAUGUGGGAUUUGAUAUAUUGGACAUGGGCAUGUAUCACAGCUGCGGCAAUGGUUGGGAAUAAGGCUUGGUGGAUGUACGCUGUGGUGCCGGUCUAUUCGGUGUGGGUCGCUUCGACUACGGUGAUGGGAUUGAGGAAGGGUAUGGCGGGAAUGGCUGGACAAGGUGAUGAUAGUGCACAAGCAGCAGACGCUGGUGGAGAUAGCAAGAGGCAGAAAAAGCUGGAGAAGAGGGGAGCUCAGAAGGUGCAAUAUCGAUGA